AUGGAGAUUGUUCCGACUACGCACUACGACAACUUGAAGAGGUAUUGGAGAAGGAGAAAGUACCAAAGGCUGAAUGGUGACACCAAGAAGAAGAUGAGAGUCACAAGGCUUGGCGGAGCCAAUGGCACCAAAACUACCAGACGGGUUUGGAAGCUCAGAAGCGCCAUACCAAAGCUCAGACUGAUGAAGUUUCUCUCCCCAAUUAAGCUCUUGGCAAAGUUCCACGAUGCUUACGUUGACAUGAUGUAUCGGAUUGCCGGCAACGCUGCGAGUGUAGGAAGGGUUUCGGGGAAGAAGGUUGCGAAAGCUCAAGACCAGAUUUCAAUGGCUUCUUGUGGGGAGGAAGUUGAUGGUAGAUUGGUUUUGGAGAUUUACAAGAGAUUGGCUGCUUCUCGCCAAUUAUUAAUUGAGAAUUGA